AUGGACACCACGCUCAUGGAAGAGGAGCUCAUGGCGCAGCGCGACGUGGCCAAGCUCAUCGUGCACGAGCUGCGGUCGGAGGUCGAGGCCUACAAGGCGCGCGUGCGCACAAUGGAGCGGCGUCUCGAGCUCUCCGAGACCAAGCGGAUCCAGGUCACAGCGGUCGCUCGGCGAGCCAAGGCCAAGAUCGCGGCUCAUGAGCGAUCGACCUACCACGAGAUCCUGCUGCUGCUGCUGGGUGGUAUCAUUGGGGGCUUUUUUGGAUGGUGCUUGGGCCUCGUCGUGCUUGUCUUGGACGGCCCGCCGGCCUUAGCCUUCCUCCUCAUGGGCCCGAGCCUCGCAUGCGGCGUUAUCCUCGGCGUCGCCUGCCUCGUCGCGCACCGCAAGCGCCAUGAGUGGCGACAAGAGACGAACGCGAUGGCGCAGUCCACCAAACACCUCCGCCCUACCUCCCACCGCAUCGUGCACCGCGACGCGCCGCUGUGGCGCAGCACACUACAGACCGCUAUGCAGUUGACGCGUAGCGUUAUCUCGUACUUCUACAAUGGCCACGCGUAG